AUGAAAGCAAAUUAUUCAUCGUCAUACAAUCGAGACAAGGUCCGUCCAGCCCUUCAGUGUCCUCCAGAUCAACAGAAAUUAUCAGAUGAUUUACAAGAUCACGCCACGGUUACUUGGAAUGAACCUAAAGCGAUAGAUGAUAGGGACGGUGAGAUUACCCCGACACGCCAGGGCCUUGGACCAGGUUAUAUAUUUUCAGAGGGGAUAACUGUUAUAGGAUAUUACGCACGUGACAACAGUGGAAAUAUGGCAAGGUGCACUUUCAAAAUCAACAUUACAGUACCGCGAUGCCGGAACCUCGGUGCUUUGAAGGAUGGCUAUUCCAUCUGCCACACCAGUUUUGACAUGCGAAAAGGCACUGUUUGUCAAUUCGGCUGUUAUGAUGGUCAUACUCUCGUAGGGAGUUCAUCUACUAUGUGUACACAACAUGGAACAUGGACAACAGGACUGCCCAAAUGUGACAGAACAACUUGUGACCCGCCGUUAACUGCAACCGGUGAAGCAUCUGUGCAAUGCUCCGACAACAACUUCUACCGCAGUAAAUGUUCUUACAUCUGCGCCGAGGGGUUCGAUGUGACACCAGGUAUGACACGGGUACGAGUGUGUACCGUUCAUGGAACAUGGAGAGGGAAGGAACCAAAAUGUACAGAUAUUACCCGACCAUUGAUAAGAAACUGUACCGGAGCUGUGUACGGUUUUGCUGAACGAGGAAGUACCACAGGGUGCUUGCAUUGGACGGAACCAUCAGUAUUUGACAAUGCUGAUAAAUCAAUUAGACUGAGUCGCACGGGUCCAAGCAGUGAUGCACGUCUAACUGCUGGCACUUAUGACGUCAAGUAUAAUGCAGAAGAUGAAUCUGGAAACAAAGCGAUUCAAUGCACAAUGAAAAUUAUUGUAAAGGCUGUCCAGUUAUGCGAGGAUAAUGUACUCCCUCCUGACUAUGGCGCAAUAGCAUGUGACUAUUGGUUAGGAGGAAAGUUCUGCCAAAUGCUAUGUAAAAAAGGAUACGAUAUUCCACCGGGGUACACAUUUCCGGAAAUGAUUGUGUGCAGCGAAACAGGACAGUGGUUGCCAACUUCAACUUUGCCUGACUGCGCAAAAACGUUCAGCAGUCAGGCAUCCUCUUUAGCUAUGGACGUGCACUACUACUUUGAAGGAGAUUGCAGUGACGCAAAUGUUCUUACAAGUAUCAAAGAGAAGUUCAUUCAGGCGCUGAUGACGUCUACAUUUAGGGACGCAUGUGAAGUUUAUACUGAAAAAUGCUAUCCUGGAAACGUCCAGGUCCAGUGUGGAUCGCUAUCAGGCAAGCGAUCACUCUCUCUCAACGUAAAGUUUGACAUGAAAAUCGUUGGCAAAUCUUCAUUUGGAAACAUGUCAUUCGGUAGAUUAAAUGAAAAUAUAAUGAAAGCAAUAAACAAACAUAUGAACAAUGACACCUUUGAACUAUUGGACUUGCCCAAUAAUGAAACAAUGAAAGUACAGGACUUCAGCCACGACUCUCUGCGUAUCGUCUGCAAUGAAAGAAUGAUUCCGUCAUAUUCCAGCGAAUCUUGCAUUGAGUGCCCUCCUGGUACAUUUUAUGACAGAGACACGCAGUCUUGUCCAAUGUGUCCCGUUGGAGAGUUUCAACCUUCUGCUGCCAGUUCCGCUUGUAUCCACUGUCCAACCGAGCAGACGACUCGUCAACAGGGUGCUACAUCUAUAAAUGAAUGUGAAGAUGCAUGUUCACCAGGGACGUUUUCAUAUAAUGGUUUACCUCCAUGUACGCCAUGUCCAGUGGGAAUGUAUGUAGACACGUAUGGCACAGCCACAUGUCGUGUCUGCCCGGCAUCCUCAACGACAAUAGCAGAGGGAACACAUUUAAAGUCCGAUUGUAAAGAUGGAGAUUUUAUCGGCAGUAUAUCUCAUCUUAAUGUCUGGUCCAAGGGCAUGAAACUAGAAAAUAUCCUUGAAAUAAAUUCCCGGUGUGAUAUCGUGUAUCAUGGAGAUCUUCUUGCCUGGAAGGAGUUUGAAUCUGUUGACGGUGACGAUGUAUUCGUACAGAUUCCAAGUGAAUGUGAUGAUCAGAACGACUGUGAUGUGAACUCGUGCAACGGUGGAAUAUGUAAGGAUGAACUCCAUGCGUACAGCUGUGUCUGUCCUGUAGGCUUAAGCGGUGACAAGUGCGAAAUUAAUAUAGAUGAUUGCGUAGACAACGCAUGUGAAAACAAUUCCACGUGCGUGGAUGGGAUUGGAGAAUACACCUGUCAAUGUGGCAUACACUUCAAAGGCGAUUUAUGCGAAAUAGCAAUGGUUGAUGGCGAUUGGAGUGUGUGGAGCAACUGGUCUGUAUGUUCAGCUUCAUGUGGAAAUGGGACGACAGUGAGGAAAAGACUUUGUAACAAUCCAACGCCAGAUCAUGGCGGCAAGGACUGUGUCGGAGAAAAUACUGACAUUAUGAUCUGCAACGUGGAGAAUUUUUGUACAAACCUAACAACUCCAUCAAAUUCGAUCCUCUUUUGCAACUGGGAAACUGCCAUGGACGCUGUUUAUUGCACACUGACAUGUGAGGAUGGCUAUGACUUUGACCAUGCUGCAAAGGAAGAUUACCAUUGUGGACCGGACACAUUUCAUUUAUGGGAUUUUCAAACGGACGAUAACCCUUAUGGACGCCUUCCUGCUUGCACAAAAAAGACAGACGGGCGCAGAAUUGAAUGGAAAUAUAUGGCUUCAUAUGAACAGUUGAUAUGUGACAAUAAGGACACCUCUGAAUUGAUAGCUAAAAAGAUCAAAACGGCAGUGUACGAGGGAACGGAUACUUUAACAUGUCAACAAGAUGGCUCCUGCUCCCUACUAAAUAUAGAAGUGAGGGACUGCCAGGUGGAUAGGUUUAAACGUAGUACCAAUCCAUUAACUGCUGGAUUUGCUGCAGAUUUCACAUGCGAUGCUGUAAAAUUACCUUGUAGUGCCGGUAGAUAUCAACGACUCGGUAAAUGUGACAAAUGUGAUGUCGGGACUUACCAGCAAAGUACAGGUCAGACAUCUUGUGUCAGCUGUCCUGUUGAAUUAACUACUGAGGGUAGGGCGUCGACAAGUGUCGCCGAUUGCAAGGUUCAUGUUGACACGUCAGCUAACAACAUUUCAGUUUGGACGCAUGCACUUCCAAUUAUAAUUGGUGUUACAUUUGGGAUUUGCUGUGUGGUUACUUCCUUGCUGAUUCGGCGAAAAUGCAGGACUGUCAAGAAAGAGCGUAAAAUCAGAGACAUGUUUGCACAAUAUGGAGAACACAAGCAUUGUGUGACUAAGCCGAAGCUCACAUACCUGCAACAUUCAAAAUAGACAUCAAGUGAGUCUGAUACUGUUGCUGGAUCGAAACGAAGAAAAGAUACUUUGGAAGCACAGACA